AUGGGCAAUGUAACCGAGACUCUUCUAGAGGCGGGCAACUCGUGCAGACCAUCCCCUGGACACCCACCCUGGUGUUACACCACUGACCCAGAUAUUACUUUCGAUUACUGCAACAUCCCGCUGUGUGACGAUUUCUUGUGUGGUGAUCCACCGGAGGUGCACAAUGCAAACAUUGCGGCAUACGACCAACUCAACAACCAAUAUAAAUAUGGUUGUGUGACCGGCACCAAAUAUGUCAAAGGAAGCACUUUUUCAAAAUGCCGUGACGACCUACGCUGGGAUGUGCCAACAAUUGUGUGUGCAUCACUGAACUGCUAUGAAUAUAGUGGAGAACAUGGUAUUCUGUACAGCGGCAACAAGUCAACGACCAGCAGCGGCAAGAAAUGUCAGAGGUGGACAGUUGAUACCCCGCACGUGGUCGAUGCCAUCUUCCGUGAUGAAAACAAUUUGACGUCAGACGUCACGCUUGAUGACGCAUCUAAUUACUGCAGGGGAUUCCGGGAUGGAAAGCAUCCAUGGUGCUACACAACAGACCCGUCGGUCGUUACCGAGACUUGUGAUGUGCCACAAUGUGAUAUUUGCAAGAAGCCACCCGAUUUGGUUGAUGCAAUCCCGUCUGAUCGUCCCGACAAUGAGACGGUCAUUUACAGAUGUAAAGAUGGAUUUAACUUCAUCAGAGGAUCGGGGAAAUCCAGGUGUCUGAAAUCUGGACUGUGGUCAAUCCCAGACAUGUUAUGUGCUCGUAAGUACUACGCAGACCCGUAUGCACUGAGGUGGGGUGGAGGUGGGGAGGAGGGCGAGUACCCCUCUAUUAAGGCCUGA